CCCCUGGGGCAUCCUCGAGGCCAUGCAGCACCCACAGAGACUCCUGCUGACCGUCCUGCUGCUGGCGUGGCCUCUGGACACGGCUGGUCGCUCCUGGAGCCGGUUGGACCAGGACAGCCAGGCUCUGGCUCAAUCCAGGCCAUACAUGGCUUAUCUGCGGGGCAGGGAUGGUGGGUUCUGCGGGGGCUUCCUGGUGGCCCCCGGGUGGGUGAUGACGGCCGCGCAGUGCUUCAGCCACAGACCUCUGACCGUCAUCCUCGGAGCCCGCGACAUCCAGAGGGAAGAGGAAAGCUGGCAGGAGCUGCAGGUGCAGAAGUACCACUGCCACCCCAAGUACAGGAGGCGCGAGGAGGGGCACGACAUCCUCCUGCUGGAGCUGAAAAGCAAAGCCAUCGUGAACGACCGCGUGAGGCCCAUCUCCUUCCCAAACACGAGGUUUCCUGGAGGGCUGAUGUGCAGCGUCGCCGGGUGGGGGCACGGAGCCUCCAACGCUGCCCUCUGUGAGGCCAACGUCACCGUCAGCAAACAGCGGGACUGCCUCCCCAUCUACCUCGGCCUCGCCGACCACGUCCUGUGUGCCAAGAGCAGCAGCAACGGGGUUCCUGACAAGAGCUAUACUGGGUGUCCCCUCGUGUGCAACAACAGAGCCUACGGGAUCUACUCCUACCCCUACCGGCAGCCCAUGUCCUUCUACACAGACAUCAGCCCCUACCUGCCCUGGAUCAACCACGUCAUGAAGUCCUGAGGUCGCAGCGAUUGCUCUCACCCUUGCGGUGCCCAAUGCUCUCCUGCUGCCACUUCCAUCCUCCCCAGGGAAGCCCCCCUGGGAUCCCCCUUCUGGUGUAGAGCCCCGUUUUGGGCUGCACUCCCAAAGGAGGGGCUGCAGCUCUCAGGACCCAGUGAGCAUCUCCUCCUCCCUGCUGUGUGACACCCGGCUGCUUUCAUUCCCCACCCAUUUGUGACACCCUCCAUCCUUUCCCUGCCUCGU